AUGAACGUCAUCCAUCGCCAGCAUCUCCCGCCAUCAGGGGUAGAAUUCUCUUGCCAAGCCUCGCUGACCCCAUCGACCCUACCGCGCUAUUCGGAGCUGAUCCGAUCAUCCAAGACUCGACCAAGACCCAUCACCAAUCUGAUUGUUGCUCGUUCGACCCUACUCCAAGUCUUCGAGCUGUGUCUGGUUGAGGAUGAUCAGGCUGAAAAUAACCACACAAGGAAUCAUCACGAGCUGAAGAACAAGAAUUAUAAACUGUUCCAUCUCUGCGAACACAGGUUGCAUGGCAGAGUCACUGGCCUACAACGGCUCACCACACUCGAUACCCAGGAGGAUGGCUUGGAUCGACUGCUAGUCAGCUUCCAGGAUGCCAAGAUGACAUUACUGGAGUGGUCCAAUUCCGCCGCCGAUUUGGUGCCCAUCUCGCUACAUACGUUCGAGAAGCUGCCACAGAUCACUCAAGGCGAUCUGCCGAGGGACUUCCAAGGCCAACUGGAGGUCGACCCACUCUCGCGAUGUGCCGUGCUCCUACUACCCCAAGCCACCUUAGCCGUCCUGCCCUUCUUCCAGGAUCAAUUGGACCUCGACAGUCUGGGACUCAGCGGCGGACUCAAGAGCGCCCUGGGAUCCGAACAACAACGCUUCCAGACAUUCCCCUACGCCAGCUCAUUCAUCCUCGACUUCAAUCAACAGCUCCUCAACCAUCUCCCCCCCUCGUCCCUCGACUCUCAACACCGGCCCAUCAAAUCCGUCAUCGCCCUCAAGUUCCUCCCCGGAUUCAGCGAGCCCACUCUCGCGGUCUUGUAUCAAUCCCAAUACACCUGGUCAGCCAGACUCGAAAAUCAUGCAAAUACCGCCGCCCUCAUCGUCCUCACUCUCGACUUAGGCUCCAACCAUUUCCCCAUCAUCUCUCAUACCACAAACUUACCCUACGAUGCACAUGGCUUGGUGGCCUGUCCCAAGGAACUCGCUGGAGUACUCGUGCUGUGCGCCGAUAUGAUAUUACACGUCGAUCAGAGUAGCAAGAUCAUCGGACUGGCCACCAAUGGCUGGGUCAAACACACCUCUGAGCUGCAGAUUCCGCGCCAGGAUACCGUCAGAUUGAUCACCCCAACCAACAAGAUCAGCGGACAUCGAUCAACAACCAACAAGUCAGAUGAACGGCCAGAGGAUCUAGAGGAUGGAGAGGAACAGGACGAGAGCGGUGUGCCAGAGGGCCACGAGAAACUGCUGGUUCGGCUCGAGAACGCCAAGAUCGUUUUCAGCAGAGCCGACCGGGCCUUCGUCUUCCUGCGGACAGGCGAGGUCUUCAGCCUCCAGUUCCUACGCGAUGGACGGACGUUGACCAAGCUGGUCUUGGAGAAACUCGACCUCCUCUCAAUCAUCCCGUCCACCGUCCUCAAAGUUAACAAUGAGUGUCUCUUCGUCGGCUCCAUGGCCGGCGAUUCGGCGCUCUAUAUCCUCGAUCACCUUCGCCCUCGCUCCUCUUCUGACGACGACAACGACGAUGGUCAUCAGCUUCCCUCGAGUUCAAUCAUCCAACCCGACAAAGCUGCCAAGAAUCAGUCGAGCCUCGACUUUGAUGAGGAUAUAUACGGCGACCGAACGGAGACGGACCCGGUCCGACGGACGGACCAUUCGCAGUUGUACGAUGACCGUCCGUCCAACGGGGCGGAUGAUGGGAGGCCCGGCGCUGGCGCGCAUUUGGCAGAGCCCUUCUUGCGACUUGGCGACGUCAUUCAGGCGCAUGGACCUAUUCGCGACUUCACUAUGGCUGCAACUGGGGUCGAAAAUAUGCCGCUCGAACUGCUCGCUUGUACGGGAACUGGUGAUUUGGGAGGAUUGACAGUCUUUCAUAGAGAAAUACCGCUACGGAAGAGGCGCAAAUUGAGCUUCGAGAGUCCAUCGGCUUCCCAUAUCAAUGCACUUUUCUUCACCUCGCUUGUGGUGGAAAGUGGUGGGUUAUCGGAGGAAAGAAAGGUGGUUUGGAUGGGCCGAUCGGGGCCCCGGACUGAGAUAGCAACGUAUGGAGAGUCUGGAGAGCUUUCGCUUAUCAACACUUUCCCUGAAAAAACACUCGCUGUUUCGCCAUUCUUUGGGAAACAAUUUGUGGUGCAAGUUACAAAUACUGCCAUCAAAUUAUUCACAUCUUCUCUGGAGGAAGCGCAAGUGAUUCAACCCGAACCGGCCGUCAAAAUCUUGCGUGCCAGCAUCGUGGACGAUUACGUGAUGUUGGAAACUCACUGUGGCUUGAAGCUGAUUUAUCAAGGGGACCAUGACUCCAAAACUCUGAGCAAGUUGCCAUUUCCAUCAGAUACUGACGAAAUCGAGACUGCGAGUCUUUUGAAAGCCGCGUUACCCAUCUACACCUUCAAGCAUGCCGCCAAUCAUCAGUUUUUUACGAAGCGGAAAGCUGGUAAUGAAGACGACGAUCUGUAUAAUAACGGCCCAACUGACGCCAACGGCGAUGUCGAAAUGAACAACAAUGACGCAAACGAUCAGGAGCCCCACAAGCCACAGAAUCCAGACGUCUGCGGCGAUGCUUGUUGGCUCCUUACUACGACUAAAAAUGGAUGUUUCCAUAUUCGAAGUUUGCCGACACUGGCAAUUGUGUUCACAGCAACGAGGCUUGAUCUGUUGCCUGAAACGAUGGCUGAGGAGGAUAAGCUCGAGGGCGAUGCUCAGCCGGUGGAGCUUUUUGGAUUGGUCGACCAGGCUGCUCCGGUGGAGCCGAUUGCGCAUAUCUUUGGCUUCCUCACCGGCGCCAUCGCGUCCCGGCCUCAUCUUGCUGUGAUGCUCAAAAAUGGCGCAUUGGCGGUCUACGAAAUCCUCUGCUCGUUCACGAUUCCCUUGCGACUGUCCGAAAAGGAUGGCCAUCCUGCAGUCUUGCUCAAAAAAGUAAUCGGCCGUCAAUUCGAGGCUGUCGAAAAUGUGGACGAAGUGUCUGGUGUUGAAUCUGAGGACCAUGAGAUGGGACGGACCACCGAGAUCGACGAGCAAAUCAGUCCUCAAUCCAGGAGCUUUACAUCCAUACAGAUGGACGGAAAGUUCAAGGGGGUUUAUCUAGCGGGUCAGCCGCCGGUGUGGUUAUUAUCGACUGACCAUGGACCGUGUCGGAUCUAUGACUCUCCGGAUGAGAAGACUAUCCAUGGUAUCGCCCAGCUCCCUGACGGCUUUCUGAUGUCUCUGAGCGAGGCCUCCGUCCAAGAUGAGGAGCCGUCUCAGGCCUGCGACCCUGCAUCGCUCUGGGAGACCUACAUAUCGGAAUACGUCUGCUUGGACCGCGAAAUCCCGUCCACACUCGUCAAAACCGGCCGGCCAUUCAAUAAGGUCUUCUACGACUCCGCAUCUGAAACGGUCGUUGGGGCCUCCUAUCUCGAAACCGCUUUCGCUAACUUCGACGAGGAGGGCAAUCUUAUGUGGCAGCCUGAUGACGACUCGUUGAUCCGCGCGACCACGUUCAGAAGUUCGUUGGAAUUGAUCCUUCCUGGGAAAUGGGUAACCAUAGAUGGAUACGAGUUCCAACAGAAUGAGUGGGUGACGUCGAUGGCCAAUGUCGAGCUGGAUUCGCGGAGCACGGUUUCUGGGCGUCGGCAGUUCGUUGGGGUCGGCACUACUUGUAACCGUGCCGAGGAUCUUGCUGCCCGUGGUGGAAUUUACGUCUUCGAAAUUGUCGUCGUCAAUCCGGCCCAGAAUCAUCGCACUUAUAAUCGCGCUUUGAGGCUCCGCUAUUAUGAGGAAACUAAAGCUUGCGUGACUGCCGUCGACGCGAUUAAUGGAUAUUUCCUUCAUACUAUGGGACAAAAGUUGUAUGCGAAAUGUUUCGAGCAGGAUGAGAGACUGUUGGCGGUAGGCUUUCUGGACAUCAAGCCUUAUACGACGUGCAUGCGAAUUUUCAAGAACUUCAUCUUGUUAGGAGAUGCGGUGAAAGGGAUCACGUUGGUAGCGUUCCAAGAAGAGCCGUAUAAGUUGAUCGAAUUGGGCCACACUUACGUCGAUCUGAAAUGCUCGACAAUCGAUUUCUUGGUCAUCGAUGGGAAAUUGGCUAUCGUGGCCACCGAUCUGAACGGGGUCAUUCGGAUCUUCGAAUAUAAUCCAACCAAUAUUGAAUCUCAGGGCGGUCAGAAGUUGCUCUGUCGAUCCGAGUUUAAUACCUCUAGUGAAAUGACAUGUUCGAUGCAAUUUGGAAAACGCCUUUCGGCGAAAGAUGAAGCGAAAGUCAUGGGCACCUUCUUCGCGAGUUUGGAUGGCUCGAUCAGCUCGUUAGUGCCCGCCAAAGAGGCGGUGUAUAAGCGUCUGCAACUAGUCCAAACCCGACUCACCAGACACAUCCAACAUUUUGCGGGCUUGAAUCCCAAAGGACACAGGACGGUCAGAAACGAUCUCGUCUCUAGGGCUAUCAAUCGCGGCAUCUUGGACGGCGAGUUGCUCAUCAAAUUCCACCUCCUCUCCGUCACUCAACAGGCCGAAAUCGCCGGGCUUGCUGGCUCGGAUCGCGAAACCGUCUUGGUCAAUCUUCUCAACUUGAGAGGCUUGUGGUAA